UGUCGGUUUAUUAUUGAAAAUCAACCCUGUGUCGCGUUGUCACUAUUUUCCGACAUUUAUUUAUUUAUUCCUUGCAUAUUUUAAAGAAAAAACUAGAAAAAAUUCCAUUAAAAUAAUGUCUAAACCUAAUGAAAAACCACAAUUCGUGGAAGAGGAGGUGAAAAUAAACAAAUGGGACGCCACUGCCGUGAAACAUGCGCUCGAUGAUGCUGUUAAAAAUGCCUUAUUCUCAAGCCGUCCCCAAUUGAAGGAACAGUUUGGACUUAUUAACACCCGCUUGAUAUUCUGCACAUUGGCUGUCGGGGUUGCGGUCUUAGCACAUUGCUGGGACUUUACACAUCCAUUUCCAGAGUCAAAGCCUGUUUUGAUGUUAUGCGUCAUUGCCUAUUUUGCUUUAAUGGGUAUCCUAACAUUGCACACAACAUUCCGUGAAAAGGGCACCUUUGCUGUGGCCAUUGAAAAGACUUCCAACGGAUCUCAAAGAACUUGGGAAGCUAGUUCGGAUAUGCAAAAAUACGAUGAUAAGUACACUUUAGUUCUUUCCGUAAAGGAUUCCAAGUCUUUGAGGGAAGCAACUAGUGUAAAAUCAUGUGCACAGUUUAUUGAUGUGAAUGGCUUUGUUGUCGACAAACAGGUGGCCAACGAAGUGAAUCGUCUAUUUAAUUCCCUAUCAGCUGAGAAAAAAGAAAAAUAGCUUGUAAAAGAACACACUGACGAGACGUGCGUUCUUAAAGAAAAUGAAUAUGAUUUGAUGUUAGAUACGAACACAAAUAUAUUAAGUGUUUAAUUGAAAUGGAAUGAAAAAUAAAUAAAUGUAACAUUAAAAGAACCCAAAUUAAAAAAUGUAAA